UAUGGUUUUACGUAUUUGGGCAGGAGGAGACGGCCAACCGGCUUCAUUUCCGCUCUUGCUAAGUCUCGGUGCCGCAGUGUGUGGGAAGGGUUAGCGCUUUCCUUAUUUUCCCCUUCUCAGUUCUUGGACCACACCGUGCUUCUCCGAUCAUUUAGAAGUCUUUAGGUUUGUCUAGAGUCAGCAGAAUGACGGAAAACGGCGGAGAAAGCAGCGGAAAUGUCGCCGUCGCCACCGCCUCCACGACGUCUACCGGGUCCAAGGAGGGGAUGAUAUCUUUCCAGUUUCAAAUCGGCCUUCAGAGGGAGUCUGUCAGCCUAUCGGCUUCAGACCUAACAGUCCACACUGUCAAGGAGCUUGCGUGUACCACUAUCGAGAGCAAGUUUCCUGAGUGGAGCUUCUAUGGUUUCAGUGACAAGAUUCUGUUGUUUCGCCAUGACGACAGCAGUGAUAACAUCUUACAGCUGGUGUCAUCUCCUGAACACAUCAUGGAGGGAGCCCUGAUUGAAGUUGUCCUCUCCUCAUCUGCAACUGAGGAGGAGACCCAGAUCAGGCCCCAUGCCUUGUUUGUGCACUCCUACAGGUCUCCUGCCUUCUGUGACUACUGUGGGCAGAUGUUGUUUGGUUUGAUCAGGCAGGGACUCAAGUGUGAUGGAUGUGGAGGAAACUACCACAAAAGAUGUGCAUACAAGAUCCCCAAUAACUGCAACUACACCCGGCGAAGAAGAUCAUCCGUGGCCAUGAGAUUACCAUCAGAUGACAGUGAUUCCAUCGUGCUGCAGAAAGAUGCAGACAGCACCUACAGUCUCCCUGUGAGCAUUGACAGUGAAGGCAAACUGAUGCCUCCAGAAUCACCUAAGCCUUCCAAUUCACCAAAGUUUCCUCGUUCACCAAGAUUUGGUCGAUCACGAUCACCCAGUCCCAAAAAUGUGGGCUCCUCACAGAAUGAAAAGAUGUACGGGCCACGUGACAAGCGUUCCACCUCCUGGAGUGGCCGUCCCAUAUGGAUAGAAAGAGCCGUGGCAGGAAGAAUCAGAGUUCCACAUACACUACAGGUCCACACCUACACCAAGCCCACCAUCUGUCAGUACUGCAAGAAGUUGCUAAAGGGGCUCUUCAGACAAGGUCUCCAGUGCAGAGAUUGUAAGUUUAAUGUCCACAAAAAGUGUGCACCUAAACUACCAAAAGACUGCACUGGAGAGGUAGCAUUCCAUCGAGGUAGGAGGGAUGAUGAGUUGGAACUUGGUGCAGAGAACAGCACUGUGUCGGAGGAGGGAGAGGAAAACGAGAGUGAGAUAGACUUUGAUGAGAUCUCUACAGAGAAGAGUGAAAAUGAUGAGAGUUCACAGGAGCAAGAAGAGGGAGGGGAUCAGGACAGAGCUGCCCUACUCAGCCCUGUGAUGAGUAACAACAUUCCAUUACAGAGGAUAGUACAGUCUGUCAAACAUACCAAGCGUCGCAGCAGCAAAGUGCUGAAGGAAGGAUGGAUGGUCCACUUCACCAACAAGGACAACAUGCGUAAGAGACACUACUGGCGUCUAGACACCAAGUCAUUGACUUUUUUCCAGAGUGAUGUAGGGAGUAAAUAUUACAAGGAUAUUCCUCUGGCUGAGAUUCUGAGAGUGCAGGCAGCCCAGCAGGAGCGCUCUUUUGAGGGGGGCCGAGGGGCACACUGCUUUGAGAUAGUGUCUGCCAAUGUUGUGUACUAUGUGGGGGAGAAGCGUGUGGACGGAGAGGUGCCCACAGUGGACCCUGAGAGUGGGGUAGGGGCUGCUGUGUCAAAGAUGUGGGAGAUGGCCAUUCGACAAGCCCUGAUGCCAGUCACCCCACAGGCUAGCACAGCAAGCACCACAAGCAUCACUAGUCACACACUGAAUGACCCUGACCAGACCAAUGAUCCCAUGGAUGGCAAUAUCGACAUCAGCCAGCAAUACCAGAUUUUUGCUGAUGAUAUCUUGGGCUCUGGCCAGUUUGGUGUGGUUUAUGGAGGUGUGCACAGAAAAUCAGGUCGUCAGGUGGCAAUCAAGGUGAUCGACAAGCUUCGCUUUCCCACCAAGCAAGAGACACAGCUCAAGAACGAAGUAUCCAUACUCAGAAGCAUUAACCACCCAGGCAUUGUGCGUCUGGAGCGGAUGUUUGAGACCCCUGAGCGAGUGUUUGUUGUCAUGGAGAAGCUGAAGGGUGACAUGCUGGAGAUGAUCCUGUCCAGUCAGAAGGGCCGUCUGAAUGAGCGUGUCACAAAAUUCCUGGUCACUCAGAUUCUAGUGGCACUGAAGUAUCUGCAUUCAAAGAAUAUUGUGCACUGUGACCUGAAGCCCGAGAAUGUGCUCCUGUCCUCCGAUAAUGCUUUUCCUCAGGUGAAGUUGUGUGACUUUGGCUUUGCCAGAAUCAUUGGAGAGAAGUCCUUCAGAAGAUCAGUUGUAGGGACUCCAGCAUAUCUGGCACCAGAGGUGUUGAGAAACAAAGGAUACAACCGGUCACUGGACAUGUGGUCUGUAGGUGUGAUCAUCUAUGUCAGCCUGAGUGGUACCUUCCCCUUCAACGAGGAUGAAGACAUCAACGAUCAAAUUCAGAACGCUGCCUUCAUGUUCCCACCGAACCCAUGGAAGGAGAUCUCUGAUGAAGGUAGCGUCGGAUCAGCUGUUGACCUGAUCACCAACCUGCUGCAGGUAAAGAUGAGAAGACGUUUCACUGCUGACAAAUGCCUGGCACACAUCUGGCUACAGGACUAUUACACCUGGUGUGACCUGCGGGAGCUGGAGGGACAGGUAGGCAGCAGGUACCUGACACACGAGAGUGAUGACGCCCGAUGGGAAGCCUACCGCAGAGAGCAUGUGGAAGGCAAGAAGGGAGACAAGCACAAGAAGCAUUACAGCCCACAGAUCUUGAGAGAACGUGUCAGUGCAUUGUGAAACUACAAUCAUCAUUAGAAGGAGCCAGUAACAAUAGCAUUGCUGUGUCAAGAUGUGUCCACAGGCCCAUUUCUUGCCUUUUUGUACAGUUUUAUUUUUACUUUUCAAUUUGCAUCUUAAAAAGCUGUAGAGAUACUGCUGUUGAUUUUUUAAAAAGUAUUUGGAAGAGUAGAGUUUUACCCGAUAAGAUCUGUUUCUCUCCAGGGCUCCUUAGGAAUAUUGUUUCCAGCCAAAAACACCAUGAGGCUGGCCGUAUGUACAUUACAUACAUACUGUAUUUAUUACUACAUGUAUUACAUAUACGACUGUAUGCUCAAAGCCUGGUUUAACCUUAGCAAAAUUACCUAAUAAGCCCAUUGAGAGAUAUAUUGGAUUAUAGAAGACAAGCAAAACUUUUUACUUUACUGGUUUUCAUCUUUGUCACUUUGAGUUCUAUUGUUGUUGACAUACAGUAAUAUAC